AUGGUGUGUGUCUCGCGCCUGUUUAUCCCGCCGCCGCCUCGGCCGCCGUCAGCAAUUUGCAAGUUAAUCCUCACGGUAGGUGCCAGAGGGGGAGGACCAGCCUGCACUAUGAAUCCGUGGCUCCUGGUCUGCCUGGUGGGCUGCUUCGUGGUUGCCUGGGCUCCCACUGUCCACUCUCAAGGUGCCUUUGAGGACUGCUGCUUGGCCUACCACCGCCGGACCAGGCUGUCCGUGCUGCGGCACGCCCAGAGCUACCACCGCCAGGAUGUGAGCGGGAGCUGCAAUCUGCCUGCUGUGAUCUUCUUCUUACCCCAGAAAAACAAGAUGGUAUGCGGGAGGCCAGGGGCCAGGUGGGUUGUGGCUGGGAUGAAGAUUUUGGAUGCCCGGAAAAAGAACCAGUUAAAGCACCCGGAGAAGCAUCACGGCACCCGGAGAAACUUCCGAGGAGGGGAUGACAACCAAGUCUCUGACAGCUGCCUCCACGCCAAGGAGAGGCAGGGGCGGAACCUGGGGCAGAAGCUCAUGCUUCCCAAAGCUGCUGCCCUCCUGGUCCCCUCCUCGUAA